CCGCUACGGGACGCUGCCGUCUGCCACGUAACCCUCCUGCGGGUUCGCACUUAAAUGCCAGUACCCACCUCGCCGUCGCCGUCGCCGUCGCCGCCGGUGCCAGCGUGCAAAACCCCGGCGAGCGCGGCGGCUUCCGCCUCCCCACGAACACACGCAACGCGAGGGAGAGGAGGGGGUCAUGGCGGACGGGUGGGGCACGGGGAAGGGGGACGUGGAGGAGGAGCGGAACCAGAUUAUGCAGAAGAUCUUCGGCGACGAGUCCGGCGAGGAGGUGGUGGUGGAGGAGGAGGAGGAGGAGGACCCGGAGGAGUACCUGGCGCACGACGGCGACGAUGCGACGAGUGGCGGUGAUCGCGGUAGCGGCGGCGGCGGCGGGGAUGGGGGCCAGCUGCAGGACCGCCGCCUCGCGUCCCCUGCGGCGGAGGUGGUCGAGGAGUACGGGUUGGAGGACAACGGCCACGGCGGCGACCAAUGGGAGGAAGGGCAAGGUGAAAGCCAAGGGUCAAGUGGCAUGGCCCAGGAAAUUGAGGGUGACUCUCAUGAUGUGGAACUUGGCAAUCAGAGUACACAAGUUCACAUGAAAGGCGUGAAUACUGCAGAGGGAGGUCAUGUCAAGAGAACAAUAACCAGCGAAACAAGGUCAACAGAGAACGAAGAAGACCAUGAAGUUCUCCAUGAUGCUUUUGAUGAUAACGAUGAGGAUGGGCUUGCUCCAUAUGGUUCUCGAGAUGACAAUAAACAUGCCCAUGAAUCACUUAUGAAUGAUGAAGGCCCCUAUGAGGAAUUACUUCCAGAGGACAUGGUUGAUGAAGAUAAGCAUUAUGAACCGGAUGAAAAUAUUGAACAUGAACUGAAAGAUAAGCCACUUGGUCCUCCGCUGAAUUUGGUGGUUCCACGUAUGCUGCCACCUGGUCAACCUGACAGAAUGAAUGUGAUCAAGGUUUCAAAUAUUAUGGGGGUUAAUCCAAAACCUUUUGAUCCUGAAACAUAUGUGGAGGAGGAUGCUUUGACAGAUGAAUCUGGGAGCAGGAAAAAGAUACGCUUGGAGGAUAAUAUUGUCCGCUGGAAAAUCGUUAAGAACGCUGAUGGCACCGAAUCUCGUGAAAGCAAUGCACGUUUUGUAAAGUGGAAAGAUGGAAGCAUACAACUGCUGAUUGGCAAUGAAGUUCUUGAUAUAUCUGUAAAUGACUCAAAUCAUGAUAAUUCCAACCUGUUUCUGAGGAAUGGAAAGGGGCUUAUGCAAUCACAAGGAAGGCUUCUACAGAAGAUGAGGUUUAUGCCUUCUUCACUGUCCUCACGAUCCCAUCGCUUAUUAACUGCUCUUGUUGAUUCUCAAAACAAGAAAACAAUCAAGAUGCAAACAUGGAUUGAUGAAAAUGAUCCCGAGAAAGUGAAGGAAGAAAGAGAAAAGGCUGAAGGAGAAAAUAUUCGAGCUAGUUCAAGUCUUCAACGAAAAAGAGAACAGGUGAAGCGCAAAUACAGUCAGCCUCUUAGGAAAAGGCGGAAGCUUACCCCAGGUUUUCUGGAAGAUGCAUUAGAGGAGGAUGAGGCACCUGGUGUUGGUUAUAAUCAGCGCCGAGGCCCAGGCCAUGCACAUUUUGAGGAUAGCUUGGAGGCUGAAGCACUUUCUAAGAGACACGUAACUAAUGCAAAGAAGGCAAAUGUAGGGAAAGCUGUUCCUUCUCCCAGUGUACCCAAGCAUCAGGUGAAUGAGUAUUCCAAGAGUGAAAGUGAGGAAUCAGAGUAUGAAACAGAUGUCGAGGAUAUAGAUAAUUCACCAACAAAUGGAAGGGAAGAUGACAUGGAUGAAGAGGAAGAAGACCCAGAAGAAGUCAUAGGUGAUACUUCCAUGUCAGAUGAAAAUAAUGAGGAACAAGAGCAUGUAAAGGAGCGCAAAGGGUUCAACUCUGACGACGAAUCUCCACCAAGGAAACAGCCUCUUAAUCGUAGAAAGACGGUUGUUUUUGACAGUGAUGACGAGUGAGAAACAGGCCAGCUGCUGCUGCUGUUGAGUUCAUAUGUGAUCUAUUGCUUACAAUUACCGUAUCAUAUUUUGGUGGAAAGAAAACUCACAUUACUUGGUUCUAUGUCGAAACAUCGACAUCGUUAGAUCCUGACGUUAGAGCUUAAUGCUGGGAGAUACUAAAAGUGUUUUGUAUAUACAGAAUUACUGAUAGAGGUAGCAGACAGCCAAUCUAAUGGAUGGUGCAUGUGCCCGUGAAAGUUCUACCAUCAAGAUACUUCACUGCCAGAAAUACUUACCGCUUUCUAAAUUCUGAUGAGGUGACAGUGAAUUCUUGUCACCGACUAUCUGAAACAAGCUGGUUGCUAUAGAAUUUGUUAAAUUGAAGCUUCGCUGUUCGCUUUGA